AUGCCACAUAUCGCAGAGCAACAAAAUGACCUUCUUCCUGACCAGGUGCCUGAUUUUCCACAAUGCACGCCUCGAUCAAUGAAGAUCAUUCACGUCGGUAUGGGAGCUUCGGGAAUGCUGUUCGCCCAUAAGGCCGAGAAGUUCCUGAAAGAUUAUGCGCUUGUGUGCUAUGAAAAGAACGACCAGAUUGGAGGUACUUGGUACGAGAACCGGUACCCAGGCUGUGCUUGCGAUAUUCCUGCACAUACGUAUACGUUUCCGUGGUUUCCCAACCCGGAUUGGAGCGGCUACUAUAGCUAUAGCGAUGAAAUACAAGAGUAUUUCUCGCGAUUUGCCCGGACUUACGGGGUCGAAAAGUACGCUGUCCUCGACACAGAAGUGACGGCGUGUACUUGGGAUGGGAACAAGUGGACCGUUCAAUUGCGCCGAAAGGACGGCUCCACGUUCUAUGAUUCUUGUGAUGUACUUGUGAACGGUACCGGUAUUCUCAACAAAUGGAAGUGGCCAAAUAUUGAGGGUCUGCAAGACUUUAAUGGUAUUGUGGCACAUUCAGCAAAUUGGCCCAAGGAUCUCAGUUGGCAUAACAAAAGAGUCGCUGUAAUCGGCACCGGCUCCAGCUCAAUACAGAUGGUCCCAAAAUUGGCUGCCACUGCGAAAGAUGUUACGGUGUUCAUGCGAAACCAGACCUACAUUGGUCCACAGAUUGGGUCGGGUAUAUCCAAUAAAGCGGCAGACGACAACGCAAUGGACCCCGAGGCAGCUGGUAAACACAUCUAUACGCAGAAAGAAAAGGACAAGUUUAGGAAUGACCCAGCUUACCAUUUAGAUUAUCGACGCGCGAUCGAGAGGGCGGUCGUGGGCGGCUUCCGCGCCUUUUACCGAGGGAGCGAAGCGAAUCUUCAAGCAAAAGCAGUCAUGCAGAAAUCAAUGGCUGAAAAGAUAGGGCCUGGGAAUGAGGAGUUAAAGAAGCAUUUGAUUCCUGAUUGGAGUCCCGGCUGCCGUCGCUUGACCCCGGGUGAAGGAUAUCUUGAGGCUCUCACUCAGGCAAACGUCAAGCCGAUAUUCGAAGAAAUUACCAAGGUCACACGAACUGGAAUAGUGACAAAGAACGGCGUCGAGCAUGAAGCAGACAUCAUUGCCUGCGCGACAGGCUUCAACAUCCAAUUCUUACCGCAUUUCACAAUUACGGGUAUCAAUGGUGUGGUAAUGCAAGACCACGAGCCGAAUGUGUACGCGUCUGUGGCCUCACCAGGGUUCCCGAACUACUUUGUCGUAAAUGGGCCUCGUGGUAACUGGGGUCAAGGGUGUGCUCUCCCGAGCCACGACGUCCAGAUCGAAUACAUCAUGCAGAUAUGCCGCAAAAUGCAACGAGAUCGGAUCAAGGCCAUAAUGCCUAAAGUCGAAGUGACCGAUCAAAUGAAUCUCUUCAUGGACGCAUGGCACAAGAAGAACUCGGUGUGGGCAGAGAACUGCAGGAGUUGGUACAAGGAUAAUAAGCCUAAUGGUCGAAUAUAUAUCUGGCCCGGCAGUCUGCUGCAUCACCUUAAGUACAUGAAGACGCCUCGAUUUGAGCACUACGACAUCAUCUGUGAAGACCCGGGGAACAUGUUUGCGUUUCUGGGGAAUGGAUUAACCAUAAGUGAAUCAAAGUUUAGAGUGGAGGAUUUGGCUGUGGACUACAUUCGUAACGAUGAGGACGAACAAUGGGACAUAGAAUAG